AUGUGUAUAUUCCUAAGUUUCCUCUUCCUCUUCCCUCUCGUUCUAAUCAUCUUUAAGAAUCUGUUACCUUCGAAAAGGAAGCUUCCUCCAGGACCUACAGGUCUUCCAAUCAUAGGAAAUUUGCACCAGCUUCAAGGAUUGCUUCACAGUGAUCUUCACAAGCUUUCCUUAGAGCAUGGACCAGUGAUGCUUCUCCGUUUCGGGGUCGUCCCUAUGGUCGUGUUCUCAUCCAAGGAAGCAGCUAAAGAAGCUCUCAAGACUUAUGACCUAGAGACUUGCGACCGACCUAAGUUGGUGGCGAACGGGUUGUUUACUCACAACUUCAAAGACAUUGGUUUCACUCAGUAUGGUGACUUCUGGCGAGAAAUGAAAAAGCUCGUGGGGCUCGAGUUCUUCAGUCCACAGAAGCAAAAGUCUUUCCGGUAUGUCAGAGAGGAGGAAGGUGACUUGCUUGUCAAGAAAAUAUCAAAAUCUGCUCAAAGACAAACCCUAGUGGAUUUGAGGAAAGCCCUUUACUCCUUCACCGCUGGUAUCAUAUUUAGACUCGCCUUUGGACAGGACUUCCACGAUUGCGAUUUCAUCGAUAUAGACAGAGUUGAAGAGCUGGUGAAAGAGACAGAAACCAACGUAUGCGCCUUGGCAUUCACUGACUUCUUCCCUACGGGUCUCGGCUGGCUUUUUGACCGGAUCUCCGGUCAGCAUUCGAGGUUGAGCAAAGCCUUUGCCAACCAAAGCAAUUUCUUUCAACAUGUGAUCGAUGAGCAUUUGAAGGUUGGACAACCCCAAGAUCACUUAGACCUUGUCAGUGCCAUGUUGGAUAUGAUCAAUAGACCCACCAAACUCGGUUCUUUCAAGAUCACUUCCGAUCAUCUCAAAGCAAUGAUGUCGGAUGUUGUUUUGGCUGGAGUGAACGCGGGAGUAACGACGAUGACAUGGAUGAUGACAGAGCUAACCAGACAUCCAAGAGUAAUGAAGAAACUCCAGGAAGAGAUUCGAUCAACACUCGGAUCCAACAGAGAGAGGAUCACAGAAGAAGAUCUUGAGAAAGUUGAGUACUUGAAGCUUGUGAUCAAAGAAACAUUCAGAUUACAUCCACCUGCUCCUCUCUUGCUCCCAAGACAAACGAUGGCUGACAUCGAGAUUCAAGGCUACUACAUUCCCAAAAACGCCAUGAUCAAGAUCAACACUUACACGAUAGGACGUGAUCCCAAAUGUUGGACUAACCCUGAAGAAUUCAUUCCUGAGAGGUUUCUCAAUAGCUCUAUCAACUACAAGGGUCAGCAUUUCGAGCUCUUGCCCUUUGGAGCUGGUCGUAGGAUGUGUCCUGGUAUGGGUUUGGGAAUCAACAUGCUUGAGCUUGGCUUUCUUAACAUUCUUUACUUCUUCGAUUGGAGUUUGCCUGAGGGAAUGACCAUUGAAGACAUUGACAUGGAAGAAGCGGGAGAUUUAAACAUCGCCAAGAAAGUUCCUCUAGAGCUCAUACCAUCUCUUCAUCAAGCGUGA